GUGUCUCUUUCUCAAGGGAGGCCGCCUGCCCGCCCUCGGCUCGGACUGAGUUCGCAGCGAGGACGGCUUGGACGGAGCCAGUUCGGCGGCGGCAGCGGUGCUGGAGGCCGUCCCGUCGGUGGACACGUGUCGAGCAGCAGCAGGCCGACCGCCCCCACCCGAGCAGCCGCCCCCGACGCGGCUCCCGGCCCGCCCCCGCGCGCGUCCCCCGGUGGCAGUUGGCAGCUGGGCAUGACGAGGACAGCACGCAGGCAAGCAGAGUGGUGAUCGCCGGCAAGGUGGCGGGUGUCGGGGCAUGGCCGCCGUGGAGCGCGAGGGCCGUUCAGUGGCACUCGAAACCGCCUACGUGCACGACGUAUACGACCAAAUCUCGACGCACUGUCCCUCCUGCUCUGCCGAGGGUUCCGAGGGCUCGAAUGGCGCGCGGAUCUGGCCUCGGGUCCGGCAGUUCAUUCAGGAUCUCGAGCCUGGCUCACUUGUCUGUGAUGUUGGCUGUGGGAGCGGCAAGUACUUGCACAUUAACCCAGAUGUGUUCAAAAUCGGGGUUGAUCGAUGCGCUCGUCUCACAGAGUUAGCCAGGGAAAAGGACCACGAGGUGAUGGUGUGCGACAACCUGGCGCUUCCCUUUAAAGACGACUGCUUCGACGCGAUCCUCUCGGUGGCUGUGGUGCACCACUUCGCAACCACCGAGCGGCGCGUCAAUGCCCUCAGGGAGUUGGCAAGGGUGCUGCGCAUUGGGGGAAGGAUGCUCAUCUCCGUGUGGGCCAUGGAACAAAGGCAUCGCAAGUUUGAAUCGCAAGACGUGUUGGUCCCGUGGCACCGACCACAGCAACAACACCUGAGCACGCCCUCUUUGGAACUGGCGUCGACAGCCACUACCUGCACCACGACCAGCGAGGAGGGCGAGGCCGCCGGUCCGACGCCUUAUCACGCCUAUACGCAAACCUCAGACAGCGACUCCGCAAGAUCUGUCCGGGCUAUGUCGGCCAACCAGCCUCGGAAAAGGGGUCGAUCAAGGAAGGGCCGUUCGAUAGAUCCAGGAAGGCCUACUAGCUCAAGCUCCGACCUUUCCAGUCCUAAUGAAACGUGUUACAGUUUUGUGAGGAAAGCCUUGCAGAAACUGGCUGGAGGCAGACGUGGUGGGACGCGGAAUCGCGCGUGGUUUCUCGACUCGUGGACGUGCUCAAAGGAACACGAGAACGCGGAAACCUUUCUCACGGAGCGUCGGGCGGCGCGCGAGGACUCACUGCAGGACGCGCUGGACCUGCCGAUCGAGCUGCGGCGGCUGGAAGACGUGGAGCCGUCGCUGCCGACCAGCGUGGACCACGGAAGUAGUCCGGAGGCGGCGCCGCGGCGGCGGCGCACGCUGGCGUGCGGGGCGCCGACGCCGCCGAAAAGACUGGAGCCCAGCUCGAAGUCGCAGAGUCUGGGCGACAUCCUGAACACCGCGCGCCCCGAGAGCCUGGUGCGGUCGCGCUCCAGCGUUGCCCGCCUUCCGCUUGCCCCCGCGUCUUCCGUCGACUCAGAAUCUUCCACGCCGCCCCAAGUGCCGCCCCCGGCGUCCAACGCCGCCGCCACCAUAACCGGAGCCGCCUCAGCCGUGCACCGCUCGCCGCUGGUGCGUCAGAAGCGGUCCUUGUGCGAGGACGACGAGGACGAGGCCCGCGAGGCAGAGGACCGGCCUGGCCCCGACCUGCCAGUGCGCCGAGCCGACAUGCGCGACCUGGUGCGGCAGCUGCCCGAGGUGGGCCACCCGCGCCGCGGCGUGCCCAAGCAGCGGUCGUUGAACGACGAACUGAUGGCCACCCACAGGCAGAGGGAGAAGGCAAGAGUGCGGCAGAACAUCACCAAGCAGGCGUCGCUCAACGAGCAGCUCCUCGGCGACAGCAGAGGACGCUUCGGCACCUUGAAGGACACGCUUUUGGCGUCGCCGCGCUUCCAACAACUCAAGUCUGGCAUCACCAAACUGACCACGAGCAUGAGCACAUCUCCUUCUGACGCAACAAAGGUUGCGAGCCAGAGCUUCAAAAAUGGCUUCGUGCGAAUCUUGCAAGGCUGGAAGGGCGAUGCCACUGGGGAAAACGGCUCAAACCCGUCAGGCACCACCAUUUCUAUUCCCACCACCCCGCAACCACCACCGACACCUCCUCCGGUGUCUCCCCUGCGGCGCGUGGCCGACGAGGACAAUCCGUGCGUCGGCGGACGACGCCACUCGCGAGAGGACAACUCCGACUCGAGCAAAGACUCGAGUCUGCAAAGCGACACGAGCGUCGACUCGGAGGACAGUUUCGCUUCAGUCAUCUUCAUCCCCAAGCCCGAGCCUAAGACUGAAUUCAGCAGCCCACCUGAAAAUAACAAGUCCCCACCCUGCCAGGCCACGUCCCCACCCAUCAUCCUGGAGCCUGUCCCCGAGGUCAUUGUCGAGGUGAAGCCAGAAAAACCGGAACCGCCAGCGCCCCCAAAGACCACCGGCACCAUCAAGACGGAAACGCUGCGCCGCAUCCAGCAGCUUCUGCAGCAGCGCGGUCCUCCGCCCUCGAAGCAACCUUCGUUCCCCCUCGUGCGCCGCAGCUCCGCUCACCCCGUGGGCCAGCCGACCAGACCCAUUCCCCGCCUGCUCAGCCUGGAGCUCUUCAACCCGGAAACGGAUGACCUGGACAGCGACUCGAGCGGAGUGUCGUCACCCGACUCAGUAAUCAGCGUGAUGGAGCCGAACGGACGCGUGUCCACGGGCCGCAACUCGCCGUCUGAACUAAUCAUCAGCGAGGACAGCCUGAUAGAGUUGCCAAAGACGUCGUCAUCCCUGCUUGAGGCGGCAGCCAGCGUGGCCAGCACCCUGGAAGGCGCCGUGGACGCCGUGAUCCAGUCUAGUCCGAGAGCCAGGAAGAAGCUGGCCGCGCUGGGCCUGGUGUCCCCGCCGCCUGUACCUCCGCGUCCGCCCGACGAGGACUGCAGGCGCCACCUGACCGAAUUCGCCGACAAGUUGAGCGAGAAGUUGCUCGAGGAGAUCGACAAGUACUCGGAAACGCUGAGGAAAGAGCAGCUGGACAAGGAGCAGCAGCUGGACGCGGAGAAGUACCUUCAGGGUCUGCAGGAGAUCAACAGCGACAUUGGAAACCAGCUAGCCAAGCUGAACGAGGACAUCGAGUGUCUACAGCUGGAGCCGAAGAAGCCGGUCGAGGAGCAGACCAAGCUGCAGCCCGUGACCGCCCUGAAGACCAAGCAGUGCAGCCCGAGCAACUCCCUGACUGGCCCUGACCCGCCGACCAGACAGGUCAGCUGGGAGGAAAGCGUCAUCAGCAGUCCUGAGUUGCGCAGGGAGGCCUCGAAGGACAGCAGCGGCAACGAGGACAGUCUUCGUAGGAAACGCAAAUUCUUCACGAGGCAGCCGGCUUCGUCAGGUUGGCCCGAGCUGGAGAACCUACCGCCCAAGGUGACCAAGACGGAGAGCUACGAAACCUCCUUGAGCGGCAGCACCUCGCAGGACUCGCUGCAGUCCUCUUCGGCGGGCAGCUGCGGGGGCCCGUUGGGGUCUGGAGGAGCCCUCACCUUCCACAGGUACUACCACGUCUUCAAGGAAGGCGAGCUGGACGCGCUGAUCGACCGUUACGUGGAGAACCUGCACAUCAUCUCCUCGUACUACGACCACGCCAACUGGUGCAUUGUUGCCGAAAAGGUGCAGGUCUGGACGAUUUAAAAAAAAUGGGUUGAGAAACCGAAACGCCGAUUGAGUGAGGCUCCUCUGCCGGUCCGCCUUCUGUCGAGAAAAUUCAUGAAAUCAAAAUAUCUCGCUACAUGGGCCUAAAAGUUUUUGCCAAAUUUUCAUGUUUAUAUAUCAAUUGAUGUCAUGUUUCGGUGUCUUUCUAGGUUUCUGGAAGUGUUUGCGCAUUUGUUUAAUACGUAGGCCAGAACCACCGUAGAUGUUUUUGAUGUGUCUCAAGCCCGAUAAUUAUUAAAAGAACUUGUAUACCAAACCAAAAAACGGCAGAAUGCGCGCGAUGAAGCGGCAGAGGAUCCCAUUAGCAUUUAAAAAAUUUUACUGUUGCAUUUGUUAUGAUGUAAAAGCACAAUCAUUUUGUAUUUAAGCCUUCUCAUUUAAAGUGAUGUAAAUAUGUCUCAUCUCAACUGUUAUAUAAUUUUAAUCCACACUAAACACAAAAAUGAACGAAAUAGUAGACGAAGAAAAUCUCUAUAAAGACACAACGUUUUGAGCGACAAUUAGCAGUGCAGUAAGAUCUAUUUUUAUAAGUCGUCGUGAUGUUUCGACAGUAUCUCAUACCCUAAUGAAAAUGUACUUCAAAACGGCCAAAUUUGAAAAUUAACUAACCCUCUUGAAAUUAAGAAAACAAAUUGCUCUAUCUCAAUUUUUUGCUUCCGCGUAGGAACUUGGCGAUAAUUUGAUAUUUGACAGCACUGCAUGCAAGGAGACUGCUUCACACUCACACACUAUUCUAUUCUAACUAAGCUGACAAAUUUGCGCUGUUUACACGACAUUGGAUGUGAUCUGAAAAAAUGAAAUUUGCAAUCGACAAGGCGAGAAUUAUUGUUGUUUAAUCUGCGUAUAUCUCUGGCACUGAUAAAUCUUCUAGCUGAUUUCCUUUCUCUUUCACAACGAAUUUUGAGACGGUUUUCUAAUCUUUUCUGAAAAACCUAAUGAAUCUACUGGUAGCCGCAAAAUAUGUUAAAUGUGCGAGAUUCAGCCACGCCUUUUUCAAUACUUAAGAUAAUUAUGGAGGUACGCGCAUAACUUAUGAUAAUUACGCUUCUUAUCUGCGCUUUUGCAGUUUUACUUGGUUGUAUAGAAUAACUAAAAUUCAAGAAGACUAAAAAGCUUGUACUCUAUUGAUCAAUCAACACACUGGCACUAAAACGUUUGUUAAUCUUUCAUGAUUGCUGCGUCAAAAGUCUUGAAAAAUAUGGAAUCUCUUGCCAAAGGUUAAUUACAUUUAAAAAGAGCAAACAGUAUAUGUCAUGAAAUAAUUACUUAUCAACGUACCAAAUCUGUACAGUGACGGAAAGUUGUUUUCUAUAAUUAAAUUCUUCGUAUUGUUACUAGAAUAAAGAAUCUAAAAGAGGAGAUUAUGGAAGA